AUGGGGUUUCUCGAUUUCUUAAGCAAACGACCUUCGGGGGACACAACUUCCUCGCCGAGGACUCAGGCCAUCUCUUCAGAUGCUCGAGGCGUAUUGGCCAGUCGUGAGAAUGAAACGAGGACACCAGAUCCAUCGCAGAAAUUGCUCAAGCCUCGACUCGUGGGUAUAAGCGACGGAUCACCUAGAACAAGCACGAAAGGUUCCAAGAGCGCAAAAGCCCAACCACAACAACUCAAGGACAUCGGAUGCAGCAAGAAGGAUUCCAAACCCGACCUUUCUUUGAAUAGUAUUCCUAGAUACGACAACCAUGAAAGGCCUCACAGUCGUGGUGCGAUGGAUCGGCUCACCCCUCUGACGCCAAACUUCUCUCUUCCACGCCGACGCUCUUCAGCGUUUAUCGAUAUUCUGGAUGCUCAGGGUGAGCUUAAGUCAUAUGAUUUUAGGUCAAGAGUCCAAGCGUCCGGCUCUCGUGACUACGGCGAAGAUGUGGCCGACAGAAACAUCCAGCCUGCCGUGGCCGGGUCGACGCCUUUACCCGGUUCACGGGGCAGUGCUUCCACGGCCAGCUCCUCCAAGCACGUCUACGCCCUGCCGGCAAUUCCUGGUCGCUAUAAGAGCAUUUCUUCCCCUAGAAUUGAGCCUACUGACCGUCCUACGUCCCGGCAAGCCUCCAUAGGGGGUCGGCCAAGGUCAAGGAGCAGGCUUAGUCCUGCCGUAGAAAGUUUUGAUAGGGAAGAAUGCUUCAGCGGCCAUGAGUUCCUUAGCUACCGUCUUCAGUCAAGGAGCUCCUACGGACAGAUUUCCGUUACUGGUAGCCGAGCAUCCACCCCCCAGCAGGCUCCAAGGACGGCAGACGGCCGUUACAUGCGAGAUGAGGGCAGCUCACCUCUCCUAGAGCGUUCUGCCUCGCCGCCCGGCAUUCCUCGCUACAAGCCUCGACAAUACAGCUUGCCUAGUAGUAAGCUUCUUUCCGGGUCUGCACCAGGGUCGGUUCGUUCAGCACGAGAAACUCUCAACAAGUCUCUUUUGCCGCCUCAUUUCGACCGGUCUAAGCAACUAUAUCAACAGCGAUGCAAGACGCCGACUUCUCCGAACCAGCUGCAUAGCUUUCGGCACAGGGUUGAAAGCGAUUGGAGCCGGUUCAACAGAUACGCGAGCGAGCAUCUUCAACCGACUGUGCCGCACUGGGAUGACGCUGCGUCGUCGCCCUCGGACUAUGCACCUUCAUUCACCUUUGGCAGCACGGGCAAUCUUCAGCUGGAGAAUACGGACAGACAGCCUUCCGUGCGGACCUUUGGCAAGCGUGGAUCUGUGUCUUCGUUUGCUCAUUCCGAUUACUCCAGUCACCAGUUCCCUGGCGGUCGCAGUGUCGGCACUGCCGAUACAUCUAUUGACAUACCUCACACCUCGCUGUUCAAUAAGAUGUCGUUCGGUGGUGGCUCUUCCCGCAAUCUUCGAUCUAGAGGUGGUGAUAGCUGUAUCGCCCCCGACGUCACUGGUAGGGAAGAUGAAUCCUGCGGCGAAUCCAUCUUCAUCUCGCCCGCGACCCCCGUCGAGGAUCAACCCAUCCGCAAUUUCCUCUCUCCAUGUCACCGAGGCCUCAGCGUAAGCAGCUAUGACGCCACCAGCAUCUCCGACUCGGACGUCGAUUCUUUCUGCAACAAACAUCUACACACUGGUCGUGACGGCGAAGCUCUUUUGUUCAGGGACGAGGGAUUCGGCGAUAAUGGCAAGAGUCUGCCAGGGUUAUUUAACGACUCUGAUAAUCUCCCCACUCCCAAGUGGCCAGAUAUGCCCAUGACUCCGACAGAUGCGUCCGAAAUGGGCGAUGACGAAGCGUCUGUCGUGGGAAUGCCUCUGGCCCUUCAGAAACUGCAAUCGAUGCCCUCAAGGCCUCUUACCCAGCGCGAACGACUGCUGGCUCUGGGCUACGACUACGACUCCGACUCCGAUACCGAGGAUUCUGCGCGUACCGACGAGCUCACCGAGGAGCGGGCUCUCGAGCUCAUCUCCAGCCUCAUAAAAGGCACUACAUCUGCGGAGGGAAAAAAUGGACAACAUCUCGACGAGAAGACGAUUGCCAAGUUACGCAAGGAUAUCAAGAGGAGAAGAAUGCUCGAGGCUCGAAAGGGGGGCAAGUCCCCCAGGAAGCAAAACAGCGAGAUAGCAGCCACGACCCUGAGAGUUACGGUUGCAGAAUAA